AUUUCGAAAAUGAAUGUGUGACUGUUAUUAUUUAUUUAAGUAUUUAAGGGUGAAUGUAAUCGUGUCAAAUAAUUCUGUACUUAUAUGAAAUAUUUCAAUGUUUUGAUUAAUAAUUUGUUAACAAUAAGAAACAUGAAACAAUUUUCUGUGUUGAUUCAUUCCGUAGUCGAAGUACUUCUCUUUAUUCAAUUGUUUUAUUUUGUUCCGAAAUGCCGAGCAGAUUGUGAGAUUCAUGAACCUGCAAAUCCCAACAACACUAAAAGAGAGACGGAACUUCUGAACAUAAUUAAGCCUCUGACUGGUCUUGUAUUUGAUGUAAAGGAUGCUAUUGCACCGACAGAGUUUACUUAUAAAAUUAGUAUUUGUGGCCAUAUUGAAGGAAACGCACCCCAUGUUGCUGCUGUGCAAUAUACUAAAGAUAAUAAAAGUUAUUCAUUGGGAAUGAACAAUAAUGUUAAUAUCAUGGGUGGAACUGACUGGAUACUUCUUUCUUAUUAUGGUGGUAGUGCUUAUGGUCACCAUUGUAAUAGUACAGAAAGAGUUACACAGAUAAUGAUUAUAUGUGAUCCUGAUGUGGUGAAAGGAAAAUUAGAAAUAUUAGAAGAAAGAAAGUCUACUCAUCAUUCAAAUUGCUACUAUCUUUUUGAACUAAAUAGUAAUGUUAGCUGUAUUCCCAAGAAAUCAGAAGUUGUGCCCAAUAAACUAAGUUCUGGCAGUGUGUUCUGCAUUUUGUUUUUUACUGUUGUUUCUGUUUAUUUGAUUUGUGGAUUUUUAUAUAAACGUAUUGUUAUUGGAGCCAAAGGCUUGGAACAGAUUCCUAAUUAUUCUUUUUGGAGAGAUUUUGGGAAUUUACAAGCAGAUGGCUGUGAUUAUAUUUGUCGAUGGGGUCCUAGACAAGAAUCCCAGGCUUACAGAGGUAUUGACGAUCAUUUGAAAAUGGAUGAAGAAAGAGAUGAUCAGUUACUUAAUAUGUGAUAUUUCAUUCCAUUCUAUAUGCCUUUCAUGUAUGUUUCAAGAAAUUCCUCAUACAGAUAUUUUAUUUAUAUUUUUUUAUACAAAGCAUAUUGAAAAACCGUCUUUACUGAGAAUCCUCAUAUUGAAUUGGAAUGCAUACAGCAAUAUGCAGACACCGAUUUUUGAUUUCUAAGAAACCGCUUCUAGUCAUGGUUGCAAUUUGUAUUAUUUUAUAGCACUUAAUGAAUGGCUUCUGUUGUUAGUCUCUAUAUCUUUGAAUUUUUUUUAAUUGAGUUUUGUAUCUCUUGAUGUCUAGUUUUCCAAUUUUUUGUAUUCAUGAUGAAUAAAAUUGCUGUAAAUUUCAAUUAAUAUUCUAACAGAUAUGCCAAGUUAUUUCUUGUACAUAGAACAUUAAAAUAUGUGCAGUGAUAUAAUUAUGUAAAAUGCCAUUUAAAGUUUAAAGUCAUUAAAUAUUUCAACACAGUUAAUUUUUUUUGUGAUGUUAUUUUAUAAGUUAAAUUAAUUCUAUUUAUCUAGAAGAAUAGUGUAGUAUGGAAAUUAUUUUGAAGGUUGUGAAUGAUACUUUAUAAAAUUCCAAAUAUGUAAAUUUAUUUAAUACUUAUAUUUCUUUCUUUAUGUGUUUUUUUUAUUUUAAUUUUAAAAUGAGAAUGUAAAUAGUUAACUUCUGACUUAGUGUUUGCAUGAUACUUAGUAAUAAUACAUUACUUUAAAUUAAUUUUUUUAAAUUGUCAUCUUGUAGGAGGUUAGAAUUUACAAGGACUUUGUUAGAAGAACUAAUCGUUAAUAGGGAGGCUUUAAAUGUGCAUCAGUUUUAAUAUCAUAGUUUUUCUAUAUAAAAUAUUGUUUUUUUUUUUUUUUUUAAAUAAUUUUUGUAAAGAUGCUUCCACAAUUUUUCACACUUCUUCACUUUUGGAAAUAUUUUGUAGAUGAAGUAUGUAAAUGUAAACUUUUGAUAUUCUAGUGAAUUGAUCUAAGUCAAGUCUUUUUUUAAAUUCAUAUAGUUUGCUUGAAAUCUAAUUUUUCAUAUUAUUUAAAAAUUCUUUUUUUCUUUUUAAAAUUUUGCCUGUACAAUGAAGUGCAAUAUAUUUUUUUCUUUUUGUGAUGCUUAAUUAUUUAAGUGCAUUCAACGUGUGUGCAUGCCAAUGUAAAACCUCAUUUUGGCAUGGUCAGUGUGUAAUUUUUUAUUUAAAAAAGUGAAAUAUUAUUUUCCUUAUUACAAUAUUAUGCAAAAUUUACUUUGGAACGAUUUAUAUUACUUUCAAUGUGUCAUCGCUUGACUUUAAAAAGUGGGAUUUGAGAGACUUUGAAAAAUAAAUUCUACUGUUGACUAAGUGCUAAUGAUCAUUACAUUUUAUUUUUUGAAAACUUUUGUUGGUAGAUUCUGUAGUAUUCCAACAAACUUUGAAGAAUUCUUUUAUUCAUUGCAUAACUUUAAGAAAUUUUUUUCUAUUUUAAAAUUAAAGAAUAAUGUUUUUUUAUAUUUUUUUAUACACUUAAGAGUUGCAAAUCUUUUGGAUUCUUUAUCAUCCAGAGUACUUUCUUAAUGAAAGUUUAUACUUUUAUCAUUUAUGUUUCAUUUUUUUUUCUUUCGUGGGGGAACUCUUUCUAGAAUUAUUCCUUCAAUUCUUUUUUAAAUAAUCCUUUUGAAAAUAUGCUAUGAUAUAUGUAUAAAAUUUAUUUUUAGUAAACAUUCUCUAAAGCAUGUAAAAUAUUUCAUUUUUGAGAAAAAUUUAAUGACAUAUUUUAUAUUUCCAGUAUUUAAACAUGAUUAAUAAUUAAGUACAAAAGCUGUUUUACUGGGAAAAAUAUUCUCUUGAGAUGUUUUACAUAUUCUUGUUGAAAUGGCAUUUAAUAUUUGUCUGUGGAACUUUGAAUUAGCAUUUAUGUAUUUGAAGAAUAAUGAUGUGGUAAAUUAAUUUUUAUAAUAUUGAAUUUUAAAUUUGUUUAAAAUGAACUAAUUUGAAAUGGUUUUUAAUUUGAAAUGAUAUUGAAAAUGGACUAAAAUGAAAAGUUAACAUUAAUUUAUUGUUUUGAUUAGCAUAACCUUUGUGUAAGUACUCCAAAACUUAUUAUUAACUGCAGAAACUUCUUGUUGAAGUGCAAAUUAAUUUUCAAUGCAUUUAAAAAGAAAUUUUCUCAAAUUCUGCUUUUUGUGAUAAUAGACACAAAUGAGCUUGUUUAAAGAUUUUUUUUUUUGCUAGUGUUUGGUUUUUAUUUUAUUUAUUUUGUUUUAACAUUGCAUUUUAAUAUUUGUUUUUCACAUCUGACCAAGAUGUGGGGUAUAUCAACAUACAUUCCUUUAGCCAAUGUGGGAACAAAAUUAAAAAAAAAUAAUAUGUGAAUAGAUGAUUUAUUAUUGCACACUUUUUUCCUUAUGUUUUAAAUAGUUUGAACAUGGAAUGAUGUUUUAUAUUUAUUUCUUAAUGCCCCCCCCCCCCCUUUUUAUCGUAGAUUCACAUUUGAGUAAUUUGGCAUUAAAUAUAUACUUAUGCCUGUUUUCUGAUUUUUUAUUUUUGCUUUCCUCUAUUUGAUUCUACAAUUUAUUUAUAAUUUUGUAGUGGGUUUUGUCUACUGCAAUACUCGAAUGUAUUUCAAAUAUUUGCAGCUAUUUGAAAUUGAUCUUGCUCUAUGUAAAUAUGCCAGUCUGUUCAAAUUGCAUAAUCUUUAUAGAAACACCAUUUAAAAGAUGCAUAUAUAUGACUAUUUUUUGAUAUGUUGUAUAUUGCUAGUACAUGUCAGUCGCUUGAAUAAUAACUGUUUUGAAUAAAAAUAUUUUUAAAAAUGA